UUGGCCGAGCUGGUCACAUGGUAACCUAACUUUAUUCAGUUGACAGCAAGUAGGAGGGCUUUAUGGAGGGAGGAAAAAAAGACAACUCGAGAAAAAUUAGUAUUUCCUACCUUCAGAAAUUAAUGGCCAUGAGUUCGUACAUGGUGAACUCCAAGUAUGUGGAUCCCAAAUUUCCUCCUUGUGAGGAAUAUUCUCAGAACAGCUAUAUACCUGAACAGAGCCCCGGCUACUACAGUCCGUCGCAGGACACUGAUUUCCAGCAUCCCGGAAUCUAUUCGCGGUCAAACUACUCUGAACAGCCUUACAGUUGUAACACUGUCCAGGGCUCGUCGGUGCAGCCGCGGGGUCAUGUGCAGGAUCAAGACAGCCACCCUAGCCCUUAUCCCGCACAGACAGAGCAGUGUCCGGCGGUCCAGAUAUCCGGACCGAGGACUUGUGGACAACAACAAAACACAAAGAGCCAGAACGGGAUAUCAGCCAAGCAGCCUGCUGUAGUUUAUCCAUGGAUGAAGAAAGUGCACGUUACUACGGUGAAUCCGGAUUACACAGGACCGGAACUCAAGCGUUCUCGGACAGCCUACACAAGACAGCAAGCUCUCGAACUAGAAAAGGAGUUUCAUUUUAACAAAUAUCUAACAAGACGGCGUCGCAUUGAAAUCGCGCAUACCCUCUGUCUCUCUGAGCGACAGAUUAAAAUCUGGUUUCAGAACAGAAGAAUGAAAUGGAAAAAGGAUCACAAACUACCUAACACGAAAGGAAGAUCGGCGUCAGCUGGAAAUCAGCAUUCACAACACGCUCAGAAGGACAACCAGACAGAGAUCACAACUUUAUAAGUGGAUAUCUCUCCCUCCCUCCAGAUGUACAGAUGAACUGUAUGUAAUAGACAAUGCUUCGUUGACAUUGCAUGGUAGCGAAUCAUGACAUGUUGGGUACAAGUGCCAAAAACUGAGAACCAGAAGCACACACCAUGACUAAAUGCAGCAUAAAAGCUGAAAUUCAAAUGUCAAUAUUUCCAGUAUUGUAACCCUUUGUAACUGAGGCAAAGGGGAUAUGAGGCAUCGAAUGAUGGUUCAAGUGCCACCACGAGGUACAGUAAAACGUUAGAACGCUCACGCUAUUUUACACAAACUUGCCAAAUUUGUUUCAGAGCAUGGUUCGUUUUAGUGGCACUAUUCACACCUUUUUUAAAUCUCUGUAUAUCAACAGUUUCCUCUUUUUAAACACAUUAUGGC